UUCUGUGCAACACGACCCCACCAUUCCACCACCAAACAAAUAAAUACCAAAUAAUACUAAAAAUCCGUGUCUUUGCCAACUUCUCGUCUCUUCAAAACUUAGAUACUCCCUCUUCUCUUCUCUUCUUCAUUCAAGUUUGCUUCUUUAUCUAAAUCUAUCUAUUUUGGUUCACCCCAUAAAGUGCAACACAUCACAACGCAACGAGGUUGAGAAGAAGUGAAAGUUGAAUCCUGGGUGGUGCAGGUGGAGGAGGAGGAGGAGGAGUAUAUUAUGGACACCAAGGCGAUGACUUUCAUAACCCACCAAGCCAUUUUCAACGCGGUUCGAUGUGGGGACCUUCAAGGGCUGAAGGAACAGCUGAAGAAUUGCAAGGGUGAGGGCACGUCAGAAGGGGUGAUUUCGGAGUUGAUGACUAUGCAGAACGAUGCAGGGGAAACUUUGUUGUAUAUAGCUGCUGAGAUUGGUCAUCGUGAGGUGUUCAGCUUCUUGCUUGGUUUGUGUGACUUGGAGGUGCUGAAGAUCAGGGCCAACUCUGACAUGAACGCCUUUCACGUCGCUGCCAAACGUGGCCAUCUGGAUAUUGUAAAAGACAUUUUGAGUACCUGGCCUGAGGUUUGUAAGAUAUGCAACUCCUCUAACACUAGUGCCCUAUAUUUGGCUGCUGUUCAAGAUCAUUUGGAUGUAGUGAAUGCAAUAUUGGAUGUUGAUGUGAGUUCAAUGAUGAUAGUAAGGAAAAAUGGCAAAACUGCACUACAUAAUGCUGCUAGGUAUGGCAUCCUUCGCAUUGUAAACGCACUGAUUACCCGUGAUUCUGGAAUAGUCUGCAUCAAAGAUAAAAAGGGUCAAACUGCACUGCAUAUGGCUGUGAAAGGACAAAGUACUUCAGUGGUGGAAGAGAUAUUACAAGCAGACCUUACGAUAUUAAAUGAACGAGAUAAGAAGGGAAACACUGCUCUUCACAUGGCUACCAGGAAAGUGCGUUCACAGAUUGUGAGCUUUUUGUUAACUUACACAGCUAUAGAUGUCAAUGCCAUCAAUAAUCAGAAGGAAACAGCCUUGGAUUUGGCAGAUAAACUGCCAUAUGGAGAUUCAGCUUUGGAAAUCAAGGAGGCCCUUACAGAAUGUGGUGCCAAGCAUGCCAGGCAUAUUGGGAAAGUGAAUGAAGCCAUGGAACUAAAAAGAGCUGUGAGUGAUAUCAAACAUGAGGUGCAAUCACAGCUUAUACAGAAUGAAAAGACUCGCAGACGAGUUUCCAGUAUUGCCAAGGAAUUGAAGAAAAUUCAUAGAGAGGCAGUUCAGAACACCAUCAAUUCUGUCACAGUAGUAUCUGUUCUCUUUGGCUCAAUAGCAUUCAUGGCCUUGUUCAGCUUACCCGGUCAAUACCGAAAGAAGCAACCGGAGGCAGGAGAGGCAAACAUAGCCCAUGAUGUUGCCUUCAGUGCUUUCUGCCUAUUGAAUGCAACAGCUCUUUUCAUUUCUCUUGCAGUUGUUGUUGUUCAAAUCACUUUGGUGGCUUGGGAUACAAGGGCUCAAAGGCAGGUUGUGUCAGUGAUUAAUAAGCUAAUGUGGGCUGCAUGUGCUUGCACUUGUGGGGCAUUUCUUGCUAUAUGCUUUGUGGUGGUUGGAGAUGAAACAUGGCUGGCUAUAAGUGUCACCCUUUUAGGAGCACCAAUUCUACUUGGCACUCUAGCAUACUUGUGCUACUUUGUUUUUAGGCGACGUUUUGGACUCCGUGGUGAUUCUCAGAGACUAGUCAAGAGACCAAGUGGAAGCAAAUCUUUCUCAUGGUCUUACUCAGUAAACAUAUCAGAUGCGGAGGAAUAUGAUUCUGAUCAUGAGAAGAUAUAUGCUCUGUGAGUGAGUUUGUUAACUUAGUUGAUAUCCUUCCACCCAUGUGGAAAGUGAAAUGUUAACUCACUAGGAUUCAGCUAGCAAGCCUUACACAAGAAUAUCAGUUGGAUAUGCUAAUACAUGAGACUGAUUAUCAGAAGUCGGCUGUAGAUUUAUGUACAUGGAAAUAAAAAUAUAAAAAGAAAGUUCGGUUUAAGGCUUA